AUGGAGCAGGCGGACGGUCUAGAACAGAUGAUUGUGGUGUGUGCAGGCUUGGACUCGGCCAUCCGGAACUCAACAGAGAAUUUGCAAACUCGGUCGCAGCUCUACAGAGGCAUCACUCGAGCGCAGCUUCUCGCCGUGGUGGUAAACGAGCACAUCCCGAGCGGAUGGCUGGAGUUCCUCGGUGGGGUGAAGUACCAGGAUGACGAGCUGUCGGGUCGUGAGGCCGACUCCCACCGGGUCGCGGAAGCCGCAAAGACGAUGCACGAAGCCGCCCUGGCGGCAGUGAAUCUCAGCCGACAAGACAAUGCACAUCAGAAGGACAGCCGUCCCGACGCAGCCCGCGUCGCAGCCCAGGAUGCCUUUGAAACGUUUCCGGAAGUCAGCAGCCAGCCCCCCGUGGAAGCCUCCAGGCCCAAGCCCAAAGCCGCAGCAGUGAAGACGUCGAGCGUCUGGGACACCGACAGCAACAGCAUUCCAGCGCCCACCGAGCUCCUCUUCGACCCUCUGCCCGAGGCCGCCCGGAAGGAAGUGUAUGCUACCUUCGACAAGGAGCACGGCGGGCGACGCGACUGGGAAUUCGACGGCGACGAAGCGGAAUCAGGCCACUGGGCAUGGUAA